UCCAAGCACUACUGCUGAAGCCCCAAUUAACUCACUCAGUGCGUCUCACAAGGACCGGCCGAUACUGCAGCCGCGCAUGGAUUCCAGGGUUCGGGCUCGCCCUGAGUUGCCAUGCGCUGCUUGCCGGACGCUUCACCGGAAGUGCAGUUAUGGAUGCAUGCUGGCUCCUUACUUCCCAGCCGAUGAGCCCGAGAAAUUUGCUAGUGUCCAUAAGGUGUUUGGAGCUAGCAAUGUGAUCAAAAUGCUGCAAAUGGUGGAGGAUGGAAGGCGAGAAGAUGCUGUGAAAGGCAUGGUGUAUGAGGCUUACUCAAGGCUUAGAGACCCUGUCUAUGGAUGCACUGCUGCCAUCUCCUACUUGCAGAAGUGCGUGGAAGAUCUCAAGGGACAGCUGAAGACAACCUCAGAGAAAAUCCUUGAGUCACAAGAACAAAGAGAUCAACUAUUGAGUAUCCUCAUGGAUGCUCCCUACCUAAAGCAAACAUAUCUUCCUGUUGGCAGCAUGGUGCGCGACAGCGAUGGAAGUUUUGCAUUCGACAACAUGAUCCAUGAUGGCCAUUACGAAAUUUUCAUGGAUAAUUGCCAAAUGAUAUAAAAAUCUGGAGUUCAAUCUUAAUCACUCCUUGUUGCAUCGAGUGAGAGAAGAUUACAUAAUAUGGAGUUAGGUACAAAGAUAUUUCCCAAGCAGAGGAAGCAUAGUCCCGGAAAAAUUCUAGAUGUUAUGAAAGUCCAUGGUUCAACCUUAAUAGCUCCAUGGUGCAUCAAGUGAGAGAGGAUUAGAUAUAAAUCAAGUUAGAUGCAAGGAGAAGCAAACGAAGCAGCAGUCCAGAAACACUCUCAAAAGAGAAAAAUAGUCAAAAAGCAUCUAAUUUCACGAAAUGGCUGUUGACUGUUUACAUAAUAGUAAUUAUAGUAAUCUUGUUAUUGUUAUUUUUCGGUGGUGGUAAGUGGAUCGAUGGAGAGAAGGGGUGGACCAGUCUAACUCCCUGAACCCCAUGGAGUUAUCCGGUUCUUCACA